AUGCCGUCGUGCAGCAACUGUUUACUCUACAAGAUCGACUGUGCAUAUGCCGAGGGGCGCAAGAAGUCAGGCCCUCGGAAGGGAUUUAAACGGAGAAGGGUGCAAGAGGAAGACGAGGGCGACUUCGAGCAAAGUUGGGGACCCAGUGCGUCCGAGGUUACCACACGAGCAGCCGAACUGCAGGGGGCUGGCGAUCUUGGAGGCGUGCCCUUUAGUUCGCCUGUUGCUUCGUCGUCUUUGGCUUCGGUUGUAUUCGCCACUACGUCCGAGUCGAGUCCUUUGCUAUCGACGUCGUCCUCGGGCUCUCUCCCCUUAGAUAUUGAGAUAUCAGAUCAACACCCCCUGCAGCAACCAGAGCCCUCUUACGCCCAUGGUGCUGAGCCAUUUCCAUCCUCUCUGGCUGAGGAUGCACUAUCCUUUUUGUCCAAUGAUAUCAGCGCAUUUCCGCCCGGUGCUUCCGAUUCGACGUUACCCGACAAUGGCUUGGAUAGUAUGCUGAACCAAAACACAAUCGCAGUGGUCCAUGCUCUCAUCCCGCUCUUCCCACUGUCCUUUCUAACACAGAAUAUUGUCACUUUGCACAACACCGAGAACAGCAACGUACAUACCAUCUUCUUCCUCCACGCUCUGGAGUCGCUCGUCACUGUCUCAACGAGUCCUUCUUUAGCUAACACUGGAGAUGGCACCUAUUACACUGCUGCUCAAGAAUCUUCGAUGGUAGCGCAUAUUGCGGCGGUGUCGCACCCCUCUGCAGUAGAAGAUGCCAUGUGGACGGCUUCUGGUCUGAUCUAUCUAUGUUUGAGGGAGACUUUGGUGGAGGGAUGGAGUCAGAAUGCGUCUAUGUGGCUUCGCCUUACCAUCGAUGUUGUAGAAGCCAUGCGACCGUCAACAGGUAUGCAGCGCGGCGUCCGACGCUGGUUUGCACGAGCCGUCUGGCUGUUGAAUAAAGCAUUGAUCGGCUCAGGCAACCAGUCCGCGAUACCUGGUACGCGCAUACCCUUCUCUGCUGGUGGCGUCCCAGAGAUGGGAUGUAUACGAGACAAAGCUCCUCUCGCAGUGCUGGAGCUUGACGAGUUCCAGCGCGAACAUUGUGCAUUCGUCGACCUGUGCCUGGAUAUGGAAGACCUGCUACGGGCCGCCGAGAACAAGCGGACAGAAGCAAUUCUUACAGCUGGGCUAUACGACGAUCUCGAUAUUCCCGAUGUGUACGCACUCGCCAGUGUGCCACUCUGUGAUCGCGCUAGACUUUGGGCAAAAUCGAGUACAUUUACGGACGAAAGUCUGCUUCAGGUUGGCUCUAAUCCAGCCUCGCAGGAUCCAACGCUGCGUCUCCGACAGGCCUUUGCACGAGUAUUAUCCCUAAUAUUCUGGGCCAUGGCUGUGAAGUUUGAUCACACCGACCGCCAUCGGUGUGGCAUGAGAAAGACAUCGCUCUAUGUCGCAGUGACUCGUAUAGUAGAUGCCGCGGAUUGGAUCGUAACUAAUCGACAGGCAUGGUUAUGGUCGUUCGCCGAACCCGCACUGUUUCUUGCGCGAGACUUCCUUCUUGACCUUUCCGGGCAUGUCGUGGGUCCAUUCCCCUCCCUCAUCAGCCCCACGGGACCGCCGGUCUGUGAUGCUGGGAUGAUCAGGCCACCCCACGAGACAUGCAGAGCCCUCACCAGCAAUGAUCUAUCGCUCCUCUCGCUCAUUCACGACGUCUUGCGGAAUGCGUUGGCCUCGUUCGAGCCUACUGGGAUGCGUUCGGUCGUCAUGACACACUCCAUUCAGAACAUUUCUGACGUGCUUCGACGAGAGGGUCUGUUGCGCUAG